AUUUUAUCCUGAUGGCUGACUCAAAACCACUCCCCGCCCUUAAUGGAAACCCCGCGGCUGCAGAAGCCUUGCUCCAGGAGGUGUUUGGGAUUGUUGUGGACGAGGCCAUUCGGAAAGGGACCUGUGCCUCCGAGAAGGUCUGCGAGUGGAAGGAGCCAGAGGAGCUGAAACAGCUGCUGGAUUUGGAGCUGCGGAGCCAGGGGGAGUCGCAGGAGCAGAUCCUGGAGCGGUGCCGGGCGGUGAUCCGCUACAGCGUCAAGACGGGUCACCCCCGGUUCUUCAACCAGCUCUUCUCAGGCCUGGAUGCCCAUGCUCUGGCCGGGCGCAUUAUCACUGAGACCCUCAACACCAGCCAGUACACAUACGAAAUCGCCCCUGUGUUUGUACUCAUGGAAGAAGAGGUGCUGAAGAAACUCCGGGCCCUGGUGGGCUGGAGUUCUGGGGAUGGGGUCUUCUGCCCAGGUGGCUCCAUCUCCAACAUGUAUGCUAUAAACCUGGCCCGCUAUCAGCACUUCCCGGACUGCAAGCAGCGGGGCCUCCGAGCUUUGCCGCCCCUGGCCCUCUUCACGUCGAAGGAGUGUCACUACUCCAUCAAGAAGGGAGCUGCUUUUCUGGGACUUGGCACUGACAGUGUCCGAGUGGUCAAGGCUGAUGAGAGAGGGAGAAUGGUCCCUGAGGAUCUGGAGCAGCACAUCAUUAUGGCUGAGGCUGAGGGCGCUGUGCCAUUCCUGGUCAGUGCCACUGCUGGCACCACUGUGCUGGGGGCCUUUGAUCCACUGGAGGCGAUUGCUGACGUGUGCCAGCGUCAUGGGCUAUGGCUGCAUGUGGAUGCUGCCUGGGGUGGGAGCGUCCUGCUGUCACAGACACACAGGCAUCUCCUGGAUGGAAUCCAGAGGGCUGACUCUGUGGCCUGGAAUCCCCACAAGCUCCUUGCAGCAGGCCUGCAGUGUUCUGCGCUGCUUCUCCGGGACACCUCGAACCUGCUCAAGCGCUGCCACGGGGCCCAGGCCAGCUACCUUUUCCAGCAGGACAAGUUCUAUGAUGUGGCUCUGGACACGGGAGACAAGGUGGUGCAGUGUGGCCGCCGCGUGGACUGUCUGAAGCUGUGGCUCAUGUGGAAGGCGCAGGGCGGGCAAGGGCUGGAGCAGCGCGUGGACCGGACCUUCGCCCUUGCCCGAUACUUGGUGGAGGAAAUGAAGAAGCGGGAAGGAUUCGAGCUGGUCAUGGAGCCUGAGUUUGUCAACGUGUGUUUCUGGUUUGUACCCCCCAGCCUGCGGGGGCAGCGGGGGUGUCCAGAUUACGAGGAGCGGCUGUCUAAGGUGGCCCCUGUGCUCAAGGAGCGCAUGGUGAAGGAGGGCUCCAUGAUGAUUGGCUACCAGCCCCAUGGGACUCAGGGCAACUUCUUCCGCAUGGUCGUGGCCAACCCUUCCCUGACCCUUGCUGACAUGGACUUCCUCCUAGACGAGCUGGAGCGGCUUGGCCAGGACCUGUGAGCUUCUGCUCCUCGUCGCCAGCCUUGACACUGAGUCUCUAUUCCCUCCCUGUGCUCUCAGAACAACCUUUCUAGGAAACAAAGUGGCCUUCACAAUGUCUAUAGGCUUUGACCCGAUUACUCUCCUAACUAAA